UCUCCUCCCAAUUCCUCGCGCCCGCCUGCCGGACCCUGCCGCGGUAACCGCACGGCUCAGUGUUGCGCCGUGGGCGGCGGCCCCGUUCGUCGCUGGGGCCGCAGCUCUGGGGAUGUCGCCACCGGCAUGGAAGGAGGCUAUGGCGGUGGCGGCGGCCGACGUGGUCCCGCAGGCGGCGGCGACCGCGGCGACCGCGGCGGUCACGGCUCGCAGCACUGGAGAGACGUGAGGGAGGACGGCGAUCACGCCGGCGACCACAGGUCGCGUGGCGCGUGGCAAGAUGGAGGCAGAGGGCAAGAUGGCGGCAGGGGCCGCCGCCGGUACGACCGCCAGGAUGCUCACGGUGACCCCGCGUGGGCAGACCAUGCAGCGCGCGGGAGCGCUGGCGGCGAUGCAGGCGGCGACCGCAGGCGCGACUACAGGUCCGAAUGGGGCCCGGCCGCCUGUGGCAAAGGCGUGGGCGUCAAGGGCGCCGCUGCCGCGGCGGCAAGCCACGUGCCUGGCCCCAUCCCCAUGGGCAGCGCCGCUCGCAUGGGAGGCCUGCACCACGGCGGCGACGCGCCGCCGGGUGCGGCCUCGCCCGCGGCCCCGUCCGCCCAGCUGGCGCUCGUGGAGGAUUGCGGGACUGUGCCCGCUGUGUUGCGGCAGUUGAUGCUCCUCGCCCCCAGCGACCAUGCCGGACUGGAGCUCCUCCUUGGCCGCACGCGGGACCGGCUGACGAACGGAGAGCUGAACGGGUCGGUCGACGAUCUGGCCGAGCUGGUAUUUGCGCUGUCCGAGUUGAAGACGCCGGACAGGAACGUGAUCGUGGCAGACAUACUGAGGGAAGUGGGCGAGAUCGCGAUGCAGCACGCGGACCAGCUAAGUCCAUCGAGCUUGCCGCGCCUGGCGUACGGAUUCAUGUGCUGCGGCAUCAGGAACAUCCCCCUGAUGUCGGUGAUCGCGGCCGAGGUUGUGCACAAGAUAAAGCACCUCGGCGAGAGGGAGCUGGCCUACGUUGCGCGAGCUUUCGCAGAGCAUUCCCUCUGGAACGACCAGCUCGUGAACGAGAUCCUGGAUCAGUCCGCCCACCACAUGGCUUCGUUCAGCCCAGAGAGCCUGACAGACAUCACCUGGGCUCUGGCACAGUGGAGCGCGCACAAGCCGCGGUUCGUUGCCCUGGUCGCGGACCAGGUCCAGGCCAAGAUCAAAGAUUUCACGCCCACGCAGCUGGCGCACGUGGGCUUCGCGUUUGCCUCGCUGCCGCGCCACAUGCAGCAGACGACCAGGCAGCUGAUGACGUGCAUCGGCGACGAGGCGAUGCUGAAGCUCCACCUCUGCUCCUCAGGCGACCUGACAGACCUCACGUGGGCGUUUGUCAACGUCGGCAUGUCUCAGUCGCACCAGGCUUUAAUGAGCGGCAUCGCCACCAUGGCUCAGCGUAAGCUCCACAACUUCCUCGCCGCGGACAUCGCACGGAUGACGUGGCUCUUCGCGUGGGGGUGCCUGCAGCACAAGCCGUUCAUGACAAGCGUGGGCGAUAUGGUAGCAAGCUCAAUGAACCAAUACGAUCCCACGCAGCUCUCGACCAUCGCAUGGUCUCUGGGCUACUUAUCAGUAAGGCACAACGAGUUCCUGACGGUGCUCUGCGGCAAUGUCCACCAGGCGCUGGCGCAGCAGCAGCAGCGGCCACACGGCAGCGGGCCGCACUUCGGGGCGCCCCAGCUGUCCAACGUCGCCUUCGCCUGCGCCACGGCCGGUCAGAUGGACGUCGAAUUGUUGCAGUUGGCCGCGCCACAUAUCAUCCGAGACAUCAAGGACUUGAAGUACACCUCACUGUGCCGGUGCGCUUGGGCGUACCGCCGGUUGUCGGCGCCCUGCUCCAAGCUCAUUGACGCCAUAGUCACCGAGGCGGAGGUCAAGGUUGGCGAGUUCACAACCAAGGCGCUGUCCGUUCUGGUUGACCAGGUGUGCUGCAGCCCGCUGAUGCUCAGCAAUGGCACGACGCACCCGCUGCACGAGGCGCUGAAUGCCAGGACGGACGCCGUCGCGGCAAUGCUCGUGGACAAACUGCGGCCGGGGCACGUGCCCGAGGACUACUCCGCGCAGCUGCGCGCGCAGAACUUCUCCUCCUGCGGCCACGCAGGCACGCCCGUCCUGUGCAAGAAGCUCGACAUGCCCUUGCCUGGGCGCGACUUCGUGCGGCGAUGCCGCAACAGAACGCAGUUGUGGCGCGGGGAGGGCAUGGACGCACACACAGGCGAACUCCCCUGCAGGUAUGCGGUCGCGGAGGUGGAGGUCUCGUGCGACAGAGGCGAGCGCCCAGUGUGCAAGCGCGUCCUUCGCCACGACGGCGACGCCUCGGACUGGCAAGGGGGCGGGGGCCAGUGGCUCCAGCCCGUGGAGCUGCCCGGAGGCCCUGGCAGAUCCAUCGCCUUGUUCGCGGUGCUGCUCGAGGUUUGCGCCUUGCUAGCGUCGGCUGGCGUCGACUUCGAGUCCUGGGAGUCGCGCGCGGCAGUCACCGGCACCGUGGACGUUUUCUCCACCGCCGUCCCGGACAUCUCCUGCAUCGGAGCCAUGCGCCAGUUCACCUUGCUCUUCGAGAACUUGGCUCUGUGUUUCGCGGAGCAGGUACACGCCGACACGAACGACAUGGAUUCCGUGUAGGUGGCUUGAACCAGGAACCGCACGUCUUCUACUUCGCGCGGCUUAGACGUCGCGUCUCAUCAUGCCAGGCUGACGCGGUGGUUGGGGUGCUUCAGGUUGUGUAGAUCAGUAGGUUAUUGAUCUUGGCGGGAGUGAUUCGGUCUUCCACCUUUCGGCGGUUUCCAGAAAUAGCGCGCCCUGCCGCGCGCUGCUCCUACACUGUGGCACACAUUGCAG